AUGGCCACUCACAAAUCGGGUCGGGUUCGAUCUCACGUUGUUCAUACUUUCUCGGAAUUUUAUUGCAAGAUGAUUGGGAGAAAAUAUAACCAGGCCUAUGUGAUCAGGCAAACUGCAAUCAAAACAAUAGUGGAAAUGGACUCAGAAAACUUAGCACGAGUUGUUUAUAUACACAAACUUCUGAAAGAAAAAAAAACUUCACAUCCUCCAAACUAUGUAGUUCUCCAAACUUGA